AUGAUUUGCAGGGUUUUCUCUCGCCGCCCGUGCUCACGGGCUAUGGGUCUGAAAAUGAACGAAAGAUAUGUGAUUUUAACUGGAAUCCUAUUUCUUGCCACAGUAUCAUUUCUUUCGUUGUUUUUACUCCCAGCGACAGCUACUGACGAGCUCAUUAGUGGAGAGCACAUUGUUCCGCAUGUCAGAGAUGUAGAGAUCCGGAAAGUUGUGCACGAGCACGAUGUGGCCGAACUACGGCGGAAAGCAGAAGAAGCUGGGAUCGUGGCUCCACCUAUACCAAAGCCCGAGGUGGCAGCCGCCGAUGACAGCGACGCGAGAAAAGUGACUGUGAAGCAGAUGACGAAGUUUGCAUGGGACAACUACAGGAAGUAUGCUUGGGGAGCCAACGAGUUGCGACCUGUUUCGAAAGGAGGUCACUCGGCAUCAGUUUUCGGUGCUGGCGAUAUAGGCGCGACUAUAGUGGACGCUAUCGAUACAUUAUGGAUAAUGGGUUUGAAGGAGGAGUACGAGCAGGCGCGAAGUUGGAUCCAGCACAGUUUGGACUUCUCCCGAGCAGCGAGAGGAGACCUGUCCGUGUUUGAGACGAACAUACGGUUUGUUGGCGGAUUGCUGUCAAUUUAUGCACUCACGAAUGAUAAGAUGUAUGUGGAGAAAGCUGAAGCAAUUGCGAAGUUACUCUUGCCCGCUUUUGAUACCCCCACUGGGAUUCCGUAUGCUCUUGUGAAUCCAACAACAGGUUUGGCUAAGAAUUACGGCUGGGCGAGUGGCGGGUGUUCAAUUCUUUCCGAAUUCGGAUCAUUACAACUCGAGUUCGACUAUCUCUCGCAUGUCACGGGGAACAAAAUCUUCUCAGAAAAGGUCAAGAAAAUCCGUAAUUUUUUAACUGAACUGGAAAAACCAAACGGACUUUAUCCUCUUUACCUUAACCCUAGGACAGGGAAAUGGGGCUCGUUAGACCACUCGAUUGGAGCGUUGGGUGAUAGCUUCUACGAGUACUUGUUAAAACAUUGGGUGAUCACCGGUAAAAAGGAUAAACUCACGAAGGACGAAUAUGAUGCUGCUGUUUUUGCCAUGGAGAAGAAGAUGUUGUAUGAAAGUCAGCCGAACAAGCUCUGGUACUUUGCGAACCUUCGCGGAAGUAGAGUUGAACACAAAAUGGAACAUCUCGCUUGCUUUUCCGGUGGAAUGUUUGCGCUACACUCAGCGAAUGAAGAAAAUGAUACAGUAGCGGCACAUUACUUAGAUCUUGCUGAGAAGCUAGCACACACCUGCCAUGAAUCUUACGCUCGCAGUGCUAUUGGAAUUGGUCCGGAAGCUUUCCGUUUUACGAAGGACAUUGAGGCCAAGGCUGUAUCUAUUAACGAGAAGUAUUAUAUUCUUCGGCCAGAGGUUGUCGAGACAUGGUUCUACCUCUGGCGUAUCACCAAACAAGACAAAUACCGUGAAUGGGCCUGGAACGUUGUCUUAGCGCUGGAGAAGUACGCAAAGGUUGAAGCCGGAUACUCAGGAAUUCGUGAUGUGUACAGUGUUCCUGUUGAGCACGACGAUGUACAGCAAUCGUUUUUAUUUGCCGAACUCUUCAAGUACUUGUACCUGAUAUUUGCCGAUGAUAAUGUGCUGCCGUUAAAUAAGUGGGUCUUUAACACAGAAGCGCAUCCGCUUCCUAUUCGGGAUCAAUGA